AUCCCAUGGAAUCUCGACUAUGUAAAUCCAUAGUUUGCUUCUUCGUCUCCUUCUUCUCCUCUUCUUCUGCCAUUCAAACGCAUAUAAACCAUCUUUUCUUGUUUCAAUAUAUACACCACUCGGUUCAGACACGUCCAUGAUUCACAAUUCAGAUGCCCAACCCAUAGAAGGAAAUGAGACUGCCGGCGCCGCAUCUCAUGCCCCUGCGAACCCGGUAAAGCUCGGAGACUUCAGCAGACUCUUUGCCGAGUAUCUCGAUCCUCUUGCUCUCGCCUCGUCCUCGUUCUCGUCCUCCUCGUCAUCCGACGGGAGCGACGACUACUACUACGACGAUGACUCCUCGCCCGCCCUAAAGGCCACCAGCUUGUCGUCGGCAGCGUCCGAUCGUAUUCCCGACCAGUCGCUCGAUGACGCCACCCAGGCUCGGUGUCUCAACAACAAUGCAUCUACCAAAGCCUCUCGCAAGAGCGCCGCCGUCGCCCAUGGCUCCCCGCGAAAGGCCAAGCAUGCCCCAGCGAGAGCUGGUGGCCAUUCUGGAAUAUUAGCAUCUUCUCCGCCGUCGUCUCAUCGGCGCUGUACCUGCAACCGGGGGCUUCGGGCGAUUCAGCAGCCCGUCUUGCUGGCUGCGUCUCUCCCGGAGUGCCCCGAGUGCUCGCCGUCGGCUAACACCGCCGCGCACCACUCUCGGUCUUCGACCAACAGCAACAACAGCAGCAACACCAAGCAGCCGCGAGAGAAGCCCCGUCUGAAAGAUGACAAGCACAGGGCGCUCAUGAUGGGCCUCGUCCCGCAUCGGGCCCGAGACGCCGCCAUAGCUGAAAAGCUGCCCGAAAUCGCGGCGCAAGGCGUACACGUCUUCGUCGACAUGUCCAACAUCGACAUUGGCUUUCAGAGCACGUUGAAGGAGGCUCGGCAUCUCGACGAGCAUGCUCGUCUAUCGCCUUUGCCUCACCUCAACCUGCAGUUCCUGACCAAGAUCCUCGUUCGGGAUCGGCCAGUGGUCGCCCUCAAUGUGGGUUGCUCUACCGUCCCGGGCCGUUCGGAGCCUCGCUACGUACAGCAGCUGCGCGACCUGGGCUACCAAAUCGAUCUGCGGGAGCGCAAGAGGGUCAUCGAAGUCGGACUACCCUUGGCUGGAGUGCCAGACACUCUACGCUUUGUUGAGGACCUCGUGGAUGAGACCUUGCAAGUCCGCAUCGCCGAGUCCGUCAUGGAGUACUUUCGUACUCCGGGAACCAUCGUGCUUGCUACCGGGGAUGCCAAACCAUCUCCGCAUUCCGAUGGAUUCUUUUCGUGCGUGCAAAGAGCGCUCAAGAUGGGUUGGAACGUUGAAGUUGUCUCCUGGCGAGGCAACCUCUCCCUCCGAUGGAUUGAUAAGCAGUGGAUGUCUCAGUGGCGUGACAAGUUCCGCGUCAUUUUACUAGAUGACUUCUUGGAAGUUUUGCAGUGA